AUGUCUCAACUCGUCGUCCACACCCGUCCGCGACCGAAUAUCGAGGAGCCCCGUUGGAGCCAGGACACGUACUGGGGUCGAGCAAAGCAUUUUGCCACUAUAACCAAUCCUCUGAACAUCUUCUGUUCUUCCCAGGAGCUCGAGCAUGCAAAGCAAGUCGUCCAGAUGUAUCGGAAAGGACAGAUCGACCCUAAUAUGACCGUCGACGAACUGUGGCGCGCCAAGAACGUCUACGAUUCAGCGUUUCAUCCGGACACACGUCAGAAGAUGACGCUUAUCGGUCGCAUGUCCGCUCAGGUGCCAAUGAACAUGACGAUCACCGGCUUCAUGAUGACAUUUUAUAAAACGACACCGGCCGUCGUGUUUUGGCAAUGGAUCAAUCAGUCAUUUAACGCAGUGGUCAAUUACACGAAUCGCAGCGGCGAAAAUCCUAUUCCUAUGAAUCAAUUAAUGUAUUCAUACGUAGGUGCUACUGGUGGGGCGCUGGUGACCGCCUUAGGCUUGAACAGUUUUGUGACGAAAUUUCCGCCGCUGAUUGGUCGGUUUGUUCCUUGGUGUGCCGUUGCGGCUGCUAAUUGCGUAAACAUUCCACUAAUGCGUAUAAGGGAGUUGAAAAGUGGCGUGUCCGUGUACGACGAAAAUGGCAACAAACUUGGUGAGUCUCGGAUAGCUGCCCGUUACGCGAUAUCCAUGGUCACCUUUAGUCGAAUCGUAAUGGCCACUCCAGGAAUGAUUGUCUCUGCUUUGAACCGUCAAUGUUCACAUUUAUUCUGUUUUCAGUAUCGGACACAGCUAACUGUCCUUGGCCCAAAUACUCCGUACACUUACAUGAGCGCUCCGAUCCAAACCUUGGCUGUAGGCUUCUUUUUGGUCUUCGCUACUCCCAUGUGUUGUGCCCUCUUUCCGCAGAAAGUCUCCCUUUCGACGACGAAGCUUGAAGAUAGCUUGCAAGCGAAAAUUAAUUCGUUGCCAAAUCCGCCGAAAUACGUGAUUUUCAACAAGGGAUUAUAA